GCAACCAGGAUCUUUAGUUAAACAUAGAAGUCACUCUCCGUGACAGUAAGGAGUGCAGGACAACAAUGAAGUCUCUCCGAUUCAUUAGCGCCGAAGCAUUAGUGUCAAAUGCAGAGUUUGCCAGGAAGAAUCUCGGUGUUGUUGCCCAUGAUCUUUUUCCGCUUCUUUUUAAAGCCAGCUAUUUACUGGAGCAAGGGGAAGUGAUUCACGACUUGGUAGAGAACUGGCCACUUUUUGAUUUUAACAUGGGAAAACUAUUGGGAGCUACUCUGGACUACGAGGAAGACCUGAGCUAUAGAACAUGCUCCGUGUGCUUGGAAAGCUGUCUGACAGGGCUGAGAGACUAUGUGCUGAAUCAGUCUUCUCCCUACAUGAAAAAGUUGAAAGUAGUCGACCUGACGGGUAUAAAAGAUGUUGAAAUUCAGUUUUGUAAGUGCAAGAAGACAAUGGGUAGAUGGGCCAGGACACAGCUGCUCUCUGAGCUUUGUUCAGCCCUCCCGGUUUACCUGCAACAAGCACAGUGCAAUCCACAUACCUUUGACGUCAGUAUCAAUGUACUAAUCGACUUGUUUGUUACAGAGAGGAACUAUGAGCUGGUCGUGCAGGCCCUGUUGAAGAAAUGCAGUUGUCCGCUGAAAAUCUGCUGUGUGGCAUUCAGAUCUGACAACCUGACCUUGCAGAAAUUCUUCUAUAUCAUAAAGCUCACUGAUCCCUCCUGGUUGCGCAAACUGGAAAUAGUUCAUAAUGUUCACUUGGAAAUGGAACACUUAGAAAUGCUCUUCAACAGUAUCCACUUCCCUCUGUUGAUGUCCUUGACGUUGCCAGCACGAACAUUUAAUGUGCAGAGGUUCACAGCUACGGAUGAACAGAUGCUUACUAACAUUGGAGAAAAGAUGGGUGAGAUGACACAGCUCACUGAGCUGAAUAUAUCAUUUUCUAUACUCACUGGAAGAAUACAGAAACUUCUCAGCCCACUAAAAACUCCACUGAAGAUGCUGGAUGUUUCUAACUGCUCCUUGAACCAUGCUGAUAUGGCCUUUUUAGCCAGUAGCUUCCAUGCCAAUCACUUGGAAGCCCUGGACCUGAGUGGCCACAAUAUAACUGAGCUUUACCCAUCAACAUUCUUUAAGCUCCUCAGCCACUGUUCUUCAGUGCUCAGGAGUCUUACCCUGGAGGAGUGUAAUAUCCAAGACACUCAUGUCAACAUGUUGAUUUUAGGUUUAAGCCCAUGUCAGAAACUGCAGGAGUUUAAGUUUAUUGGAAAUCCACUAUCAUCCCAAGCACUUAAAGACCUUUUCACAUUUCUCUGUGAAUUGCCAAUGCUGAAAAACGUGGAGUUCCCAGUUCCAAGGGAUUGCUACCCUACUGGCAUCACCUACCCCAUUGAUGAUGCCAGUGUUUGCAGAUUUGAUCACCAAAAAUAUGAAAGGGUAGCAGAGGAGCUUAACCUCAUUUUAGUCCAAGCAAAUAGAGAGGAUGUGAAGGCUUCAACACCACUCUUUGGGAGUUACGAUGCAGCUGUUCAGGAGACAAACAAUGAACUGGGAGCUUACUUGAUCAAGUCCUUCAAAGAGACUUUAGAGAAGUUCACUUCUUCAUUUAACAAAAUUAGUUAAAUUUAUAAAAUUGUAAAGUAGUGAGAUAAUCUUCUAAAUCAGAACUUAAAUUAGUCUUUUCUAGAUCUGCACCUUCAAUCACCAGUUGUGAAUUUUCUUUAAUUUUUCAGCUGAAUUUACUAGUAUUUGAAUAGCCUCUAAUCACCUGAGUUACUGUAACUUAUGCUAUAUCUAUUGCAUACACUUUACACAAGCACUACUUGCUCACAAAAGAUGAGAGGACACUUAAUAGUGCAUUAUUUUAUAUAAAUGCACUUUUUCUCAGUAAAUCAAAUAGGUGUGUAAGCUUGGCUGAUUUCUUAUACAGGUUCCCUUAGAUUUGUCAGCUGGUCUUGUAGUCCCACAGAAAAAACACAGAAGUCCUUUCCUAAGUCCAGCAGGAUGGUCAAAAGAUUGUGCACAUAUCCUCACAUAUGGCUCCCUAAACUGAUUUUGGUUUUUUUUUGCUCAUGACCUGAAUUUACCAAUCUGUGUUUUAUGUAGUAUAUUCCAAAUAAUGGAAGAAGUAUAACAGCCUCCAUAUCCCUGUACCUCUUUCUUCUGCAGAGGCAAGUGCAAUAAACAGAAUUUGUCUUAUA